AUGGCUGCACUCAGAGAUCCAAAUAAGCUGGCGAUCAGCCCACCACCUUCCCUGAUAGAGGUCGAUCAGGUGUGCCAAACGCCCACAGCGACAUCGCACAACGCUAAUUGCCUGCAGAAAGCGUCCCCUAGCGAUGACUUGAGCAACUACGAUACCACUUCAAUUACCGCAAGCAUCGUCGACUAUGAGUACGAGAACGGCCGACGAUAUCAUAGCUACAGAGCUGGCUCUUAUCCGUUGCCCAAUGAUGAACAAGAGCUGGACCGAAUUGACUUGAAACAUCAUAUUAUGCGGUUAUUGUGCAGCGGGCACCUCUACAUUGCGCCUCUAGACAGUCCAAAGCGUAUCCUGGACCUUGGCACGGGAACUGGUAUAUGGCCCAUAGAGAUGGGCGAGCAGCAUCCGGGCUCGGAAGUCCAUGGCGUUGACUUGUCUCCGGUCCAGCCCAAUUGGGUGCCUGAUAACGUACAUCUUGCGAUAGACGACAUUGAAGACCAAAAUUGGUGUUGGCCUGAUAACCACUUUGAUUACGUUCAUUCGCGCUUCAUGCUUUGCUCCAUCUCAAAUUGGAAGCGAUACAUUCGAAAAGCUUUUCAGCACACGAAACCAGGCGGGUACUUUGAACUUCAAGAGCUCGACUGCCGUUUCAGCUCCGACGAUGGCUCCUUGCGAGAGGACAGCGCUAUAUCCUAUUGGUCUGAUGCGAUAACAGAGGCUUCAGCCAACUAUAACCGUCCGAUCCCACGCUAUGGGGAAUAUUAUGAUUGGUUCGUCCAGGCUGGUUUCGUUGACAUAAAACAAGUGAUUCUCAAGUCGCCAACAAAUCCGUGGCCAAAAGACCCAAAGCUGAAAGAGAUUGGGAGGUACCAACUGCUCGCUCAUGUCGAAGGCAUUGAAGGAGUCAGCAUGGGUCUAUUGACCCGCGGUUCACAGUGGAAAGCAGAAGAAGUCAGUGUACUCGUGGCGAAGAUGAAACCUGAGCUGAAAGAUCGUGCCGUACACUCCUAUCAGACAAAUGUCGUGCUUGUUGGUCGUAAGCCAGAAUUUCCCCGAACACCUGAUUCAAUGAAAGACGGGCUCUCGUAUGGGUGGAAAAAAGGUGCACCGGGCGCUCCAUGA